UCUCUCGCAUGUCUACACAGAUUGUAGAAGAGGGCAAAAGAGCUGUCUCCGUACAGUUUGUCAUUUUUUGCGUUAAAAAAAAAUUAAAAAAUACAAAAAAAAUACAAAACUGUGAAAUUAUAUAAAAAUAUUGUUUUUAGAUCCUUUGUCUCUGAAGAUCUGUUGUAUCUUGCCGUAAAUUUCUCGUUCUUCCAUCGUCUAUUUCACGUCGGUUCUCGCCAUAUUGUCCAUUCAACAAACGUGCACUUCAUUGUGAUAUUCGUGAGGUUUGAAAAGUAACAGGACUAUUCUACACAUUUGCUGCCAUCGCUGACUCUGAAAAUCAUCCAAGAUGCAACAACCAGGACAGAAUUACCCUAUGAAUUCGCUGUACGUCGGUGAUCUUCACGCAGACGUUACAGAAGCCCUGCUUUUUGAGAAGUUUUCAACGGCCGGACCGAUUUUGUCCAUCCGAGUCUGUCGCGACAUGAUCACACGUCGUUCAUUGGGCUACGCCUAUGUCAAUUUCCAACAACCAGCAGAUGCUGAGCGUGCCUUAGACACUAUGAACUUCGACACACUGAAAGGGCGUCCCAUUCGUAUCAUGUGGUCUCAACGUGAUCCCUCACUCAGGAAAUCUGGAGUUGGUAACGUCUUCAUUAAGAACUUGGACAAAUCUAUUGACAACAAGGCCAUGUAUGACACUUUCUCUGCCUUCGGACACAUCUUGUCCUGUAAGGUUGUGACAGAUGAGAAUGGGGUCAACAAAGGUUACGGAUUUGUCCAUUUUGAAACCCAAGAGGCAGCCAACAAAGCCAUUGAAAAGGUCAAUGGUAUGUUGCUGAACGGAAAGAAAGUGUAUGUAGGUUAUUUCAUCCCUCGCAAAGAGCGUCUAAUGCAGAUGGGUGAUCAUCAGAAGCAGUUCACCAACGUGUUCAUCAAGAACCUGGCUGAGGAUGUGGAUGAUGGCAAACUGGCAGAGUUUGGUGGCCAGUAUGGCUCUAUCCUCUCAGCUAAGAUCAUGUUUGAUGAUUCCAAGAGCAAAGGGUUCGGAUUCAUCAGCUUUGAGGAUCAUGAGGCUGCUAACGAUUUUGUCAAGACCAUCAACGGCUCUGAGGUGAAUGGCAGGACCUUGUAUGCAGGUCGUGCUCAGAAGAAGGCAGAGAGGGCAGCAGAACUCAAAGCCAGAUUUGAGGCACUGAAGCAGGAACGAAGCACCCGCUACCAGGGAGUCAACCUGUACAUCAAGAACUUGGAUGAUGAGAUCGACGAUGAGAGACUUCGCAAGGAGUUCAGCAGAUAUGGUACCAUCACCAGCGCUAAGGUCAUGAGCGACGACAAGGCCAACUCCAAGGGCUUUGGGUUCGUCUGCUUCUCGUCCCCGGAGGAGGCUACGAAAGCUGUGACGGAGAUGAACGGUCGCAUCCUGGUGGCCAAACCUCUCUACGUCGCCCUCGCUCAACGGAAAGACGAACGCCGGGCACAGCUGGCAUCGCAGUACAUGCAGCGCGUCGCUCCACAAGUCCGAGUAGGCCAACAGGCAAGCCAGCAGCCGGUGAACCCAGUGUACCCAACCAUGGCCUACCACUAUGCAGCCAUGCCCCAAGCUCAGAGGAACAUCUUCCCUGCCGGUCAGUUAGCUCAGGUCAGACAUCCAAGAUGGAGUCAACAGCCUCAGCAGGCUAGGUCAGCUGCUCAACCUAACUUCCAGACCAUCCCAGGAGCUGCAGGUCGUCAGUUCGGUGCCCCGAGGGCAGGAACAGCCACAGGACAGGUCCGUCAGCCCAUGCCAGCAACGCGUGUGCCAGUCCAGGCUGCACCAGCUGGUCAGCGUGUCGGAGGUAUGGGAGCCCCAACCCAGCAGCAGAUGCGUCUUGGCGCUGGAGCCCAGCUUUCAGCAGCCAAGCAGUACCCGAAGUUUGCUGUACCAAGGCAGGGCAUGCCAGGACAAAUGCCAGCGGAGAACGUGCCAGUGCAGGCCCUCCACGUGCCCGGUCAGGAGCCCCUGACCUCUGCUAUGUUGGCCUCCGCCCUGCCCCAGGAGCAGAAGCAGAUGCUGGGUGAGCGUCUCUUCUCCAUCAUCUCGGAGACCCACAAGGACCUGGCCGGAAAGAUCACCGGCAUGCUGCUGGAGAUUGACAACUCUGAGCUGCUUCACAUGUUGGAGGUACAGGAAGCACUGGAGAAGAAGGUUGAGGAGGCUGUCCAGGUAUUGAUGAACCACCAGAAGGAAGGCACCAAGCCCCCUGGCCCAGCCGCAGUCCCUGCCCAGUAGACCAUUAUCGCACCUCAUCUGCAGAGACCACCCCCCCCCCCCCCCCUCUUCAGUAAAGAUCAAUACAUCGCCGCUCUCUGAAUAAUCCCAACCCACGUUAGUAAAAAUUCUCAGCAAAGAAAAAAUGACUUGUAUGAUCUUCAUUAACUUCACGGCAAACACAACUCUAAAGUUGUGGUCCACUUAAUUCAUUCGGAAGAUAAUAUAAUAUGCCGAUAGCAAUUGCUUUUGACAGUGCUAGCGCAUGUACUGCAAAACAACUUAUUUUAAAUACAUGUAAAAUUGUCUGGCUAUGCAUCUCGCAGACAGCUGCAUUGUCGAAGUGGUUUAGAUUUCAGAUUCACCGACUCUUGUAACCCCAUUGCAAUCCUAAACCAGUUGGCACAAAACUUGUAGGACCCUACCCGCCAAUUGAUUGUAGAAUACAAAAGCAGUGAUCAACAUUCUUGUAAUAAAAAAAAAAAUGCAAAAAAAGAAUGUACUUAUGAAAGUACAGAUUUACAUAAAAAUUAAAAACGGGUCUUUAUAUUCUCUUUGAAACAAUGAAAAAAAAAUAGAAAAAAGUCAUAGUACUUGUCAAAUUUUGAAUGAAACUAACAAACGCAAAAAAUGUCGCCCUAAAAAUAAAAAAUGAAAAAAAAAUGAAAAACUCUGAAAACACAAAUGUGAAAAGGGGGUUUGUAAAAUGCAACCUUGUAAUAAAAGAUUUUUUUUAGUUCACAUUGUGAACUUGAAGAAAAAAAAAUGAAAAAGAAAAAAAAAAAGCAAAACUUGAAAAAAGUCAACUUAUGUCUGGUUGAUGUGUAUCGUCUUCGUGUUUUAUGUAUUGCGACCUUUUAUAAUUUAUUUCAUUUAUUUGUGGUCAGAAAUAGCACUUAAUUUACAAUGUACCCUUCAGUAUGUUACACCUUAAUACAAUGAAAUAAUAUCUUGUAGUAAUUUUGUUCUAUUGAAAAACACAUUUAGAUUUUAUUUAGUUCAUUAUCUUUCAAAAGAAAAUUGAGAAAUUUUGACUUGCAUGUUUACAGUAUAUACGAUUGGACAUCAAUUUUCUUUUCCUUCACUGAUUGUUAGAUUAUUAUCACUUUUGAAUAUAGUUUGGAUGAAGUGCCUUUCUUAAUGAGCUUGUGUUUUUCCUUUCAUGUACAUAAGUUUUACUUUUUUUCCUGUUUUUUUUCCUGCUGUUAUUUCUCUUUAUUGUUUGUGUUAUUUCUUUUUUGCAUGCUUUAGACAGUUGCCCAAAGUUGAUAGAGUAAUAACAUUUACAAUAAUAUGUGGCUAGAAAAUACAGAAAAUUGUUAUUUCAUUCUGAAUAUCCUUGUGGCAUUACCUGAAAUCCAAUAGAUAAUAUAUCACCAGAAAAAAAAAGUUGACUGAAACAUAAAAAUCUAAAAAAACACAUGCGAAAAAAUGAUAAAUGAACACUAAUACUGGGCAAACUUUGGUAUUUACAAGAUAUCAGUCAUGGAAGAGAUAUCCAGUCAUGUGUUUCAUUAAAAACUACAAAAUAAACUUUGGUUCUUACUCUA